AUGGCGUGGCCGAAUCCUUUCUACAGGCGGACGGAGAACACGAGGACAUGUUGGGGUUACACCUUCGAGCUUUCCCCCGAGCAUCUCACGCCGGAGGAAUGCGAACCGCUGAAACAUUCUUAUGAUGUCCUGGGUGAACGAGUUCUGGAUCGAUUGAAUGAGUUGAGUCCGCCGCCGAAGAAGGAUUUGCCGAGGGGGAAUAGUAGGUUUGUGGAUGCUAAGAUUGUCGUGGGGCAGGAGGUGCAUGUUGAUGGGACGAGUAAGGCGGGUGACGGUGGCGGUGGGAAUCGCGGCGGUGGAGAGGAAGGGGAGGAGGGGGAGAAGAAGCCAGAGGCUAAGAAAGAGCUCCCAAGAGAUCUGUAUGUGAUAUUGCAGGAUCAUCUGGAUAAAGAUGAGUUACUACAGCGCUUCUGGAAAGAGGUCACGACUGUACCGGACUGGGUCGACUGGGAGCAGAUUCGCCGAGGUCAGGAUGUCUUCUACCGCUACGGUGCGGCGAACCUCACCGGUCUGGCGUAUCAGAGUUUGUUGGGUGGCAUGGGCGCAGCGCGAGUAGUAGAGACUCUAGCACGAACGGGAGGCUUCUCGACGAAAGUCGCCCGAGGAAGGUUGUUUGAGACGACACAGCAUAUACUGCAGUGUACGAAGAGCGUGGAAAGUCUACAACCAGGAGGGGAUGGCUUUGCCUCUACGAUAAGAGUUCGACUACUACAUGCCGCUGUGCGGAAGAGGAUCUAUAAAUUAGCGGAGAGCAGGCCGAGCUAUUACGAUACCCAAGCCUGGGGAAUCCCGAUUAACGAUCUCGACAGCAUGGGCACCAUCUCCACCUUUUCCGCCACACUGAUCUGGCUCUCCCUCCCCCGUCAAGGCAUCUGGCUCCGUCAACAGGAGAUAGAGGAUUAUAUAGCGCUGUGGCGCUACAUCGCACACGUCAUCGGCUGUCCGACCGAGAGCUUCGCCACUCCGGCCCAGGCGAAGAGGAUGAUGGAGGCGCUGUUGCUAUACGAGAUCCAUCCGACGGAGACGAGUAAGAUCUUGGCGAACAACAUCAUCAAAUCCCUCCAACACCAGCCUCCCGGCUACGCCUCCCCAGAUUUCCUCACCGCUUCCGCUCGCUGGCUCAAUGGCAACGACCUCUGCGAUGAACUCGGCCUGAUGCGCCCGUCGGUCUACUACUGGGCGCUCAUGGCCGGGCAAUGCCUCUUCUUCUGCUUGUUCGCCUAUACAUACCGACUCGUGCCCAGCUGGGACCGCAAGCAUAUUGACAUGUUGAAGCGGGCGUUCUGGCAAAUCAUCGUCAAUACGAAGUAUGGAUUGAAAGGGGAGGAGGCGCGGUUCGAGUUCAAGUAUGUUCCCGAAUUCGAGACGAUUACGGAGAUGGGGGAGGGGAGUGUGCAGGGGAAGGAUGACGCGGGGAUUGAGAGGAGGAAUUUCAGGACGUUUGUUGGGGCGGUGGUUGUGUUGGGGGUGGGCUCGUUCGUGGGGUUCAAGAUCGCGGGCGGUGUUGUUAAGGGCGUGUUGGGGUUGUUUGGGUGA